CCUUGCCACGCCGCGUUAGGAAGAAAAAGCAGAAAGAACAACGAAGCCCCCAACCUGGGAGCGCUCCUGUUUUCUAGCAGACUCGUCCUUGCUAACCCACCCACCCCAAACCAGGUGGGCUGCACCCAGGUCCGUCUCCUCUCCCUCCUCCCUCCUAUCCUCCAUGAACUUAGCAAGAGCUGGGCACCUUCGCUCCACUGCGCCGCCCAGUCCUCUAAGCUCCGACCCAGAUGAGGUGGAGAUCGACGUGCUGGCAGAGGAGGAAGAUGGAGAUCAGACGGAAGAGGACGGUGGGGAAGAGAGUCAUAAGUGCCUGGAGCGAUCGCUACAGAGGCCGGGAGCCCGCACCCUUGCAGGGAGGAGCGCGGGGGACUGCGGCGACCUGAGCAACUCCUCCGGGUUCCUCCGCAAGUUCCGAGCGCCGCGGACCCGGGCCACCACCACCACAGCCGACGGCCCGCAGCCCGCCAAGCCGCCGUACUCCUACAUCGCGCUCAUCACCAUGGCCAUCCUGCAGAGUCCGCACAAGCGCCUGACGCUCAGCGGCAUCUGCGCCUUCAUCAGCGGCCGCUUCCCCUAUUACCGCCGCAAGUUCCCCGCCUGGCAGAACAGCAUCCGCCACAACCUGUCGCUCAACGACUGCUUCGUCAAGAUCCCCCGCGAGCCGGGCCACCCGGGCAAGGGCAACUAUUGGAGCUUGGACCCCGCCUCUCAGGACAUGUUCGACAAUGGCAGCUUCCUUCGGCGUAGGAAGCGCUUCAAGCGCCACCACCCGCCCCCGGGAGGCCACCCGCACUGUCCCUUCCCUCCACCCGCUGUGCCCGCCACCGUGCACGUCUCCCAGCCCGGCCUCCUGCUCCGCUACUCUGCCCCGCCGCAGCCUAACCUCGCAGUCCAUCCCGCCGCCCCGCCCCGGAGCCGCCCGUGCGCGCCGCUGCAUCCGUAUCCCCUCCGCUACCUGCUGCUCGCUGCCCCCGCCUACGCGGAUGAGCCUAGAAAAGCCGAAGGUGCGGACCCCGCCACCUCCCUCGCCAUCCCCGCUCUGCAGCCCGCACCGGGCUCCCAGCCUUGGGAGGGAGACCAGGGCUCUGGAUCUCGGUCCCGACGCGGGUGCGCCUCGUUCACCAUCGAGAGCAUCAUGCAGGGGGUUACAGGGGGAGGAACUGGGUCUGCGCAGAGUCUGCCCUUCGCUCCCUGGAGCUACUGCCACCUGCUGCAGCACCCACCGGGUCUGCUGCACCCCCAGGCCGCUUCCCCUUUGUUUCACGUGCCCGCAGCUUCCCGGACAGUGUUGCUGCAGCAGCAGCCGCGGCCGCCGCCGUAGCAGCAGGAAGAGCAUCACUGUGCCAUUAGAUGCUCUCCGGGUAAAGGCAAGCGGCUAGGCCGGCACCUGUCUGCAAUCUGA